AUGUCCAUUGCACUCUACAAGUUUCGAGGUGGCCUCGCUUUUUUAUGCAUUGAUAAGUUGUAUGAUAACUCUGAUGUAGUAGACUUCUUGAUGUGUGCGCCAAGUCGACGUCGUUAUAGUCAUGGCCUACUCUCGCCAGCGUACAUAUCAGCUUUAUUUGAUAGAGAAAUAUUCGACAUAUCGAAUACGCAAAUUGAAGGCUUUGAGAAAGGCCUCGUUCUUGGAAGUAAAAAAUUGAGUUCAUUUGUUGCAAAACGGAACAAAAAAUUUUCAGAGUCUAUUUACAGUCUUGUUGGUGCUCUUGGAAAGAGUGGCAAGUCCUUGAAUCAGUUGGAUGUACAAGAUUGUGACAUUUAUGGCAGAUUCGACAAAGUAAAUGACGAUUCUAACCUUAAGAGUGGUAUAUUCAGGUUCUCAAAGUUGGUUUUUUUGAAUUUGGGUGGCAACAAGCAUCUCAGCGGAAGCAUUCCAGACCCAAUCAGUAGUCUUGGCCUAAUCGUUUUUUUCAACGCAUCGUGCACAAACACGUCGGAUGCAUUACCUGUGUCAUAUUUAAUCAAAUUGAAAUUAUUGCAAGAAAUAGACAUCCGGAAGAACCCACUGAUGAAAGGCGAAAUUGAAGAAAAAUACAUGUUGGUUGAUGAUACAGAAAUGAUCGCAGAAAAUGUCGAAGAUAAUAUCAAAUGCCCUGUGAUACGACUGAAGCAUAACAAUUGUUUAGUCAGGAUGGAUUCUGCUUACUAUGAAAGGAGAUAUUGCCAGUGUAAUCCUGGUUUUUACGGUCACGGCGGCACUUGCCGGUCUUGCAUGACUGGUGGCGUUUGUGAUGGCCUCGUAAAUAGGAUGAGUAUAGUCAGAAAUGACUCUAGAGGCAAAUAUAGCAAAGACUUUACUGUCACUUCUAUGAAACCGGCAAAAGGCUAUUGGCCAUUUCCUACAAUGAAGAACGUGACCAAGCUGGUUAAGUGCCGUUGGACACUGCCUGGAAAGGAAGUCUGUAACCCCUCCGGACUGGUUCGUUGUUACGCCAAAAAAGUAUCUGGACAGGUGAUAACGGUUUGUGGGUCUGAUGAGCAUGUAUGUGCUGAAGGCUCUUAUGGACGUUUGUGCAGCCGUUGUAAGCAGGGCUAUUACAGCACUGGACAGCAUUGUCAUAAAUGCCUUGAUAGUAAGGAUAAGGAAAGCAUUAUAACAAUUGUACUGGCUGCUGUUAUGAUCACUCUGCUAGGCCUAAGUAUGUUGCUGCACGUCCGUAACCGGCGCAUAUUUGCUGCCCUGCUUGCAAUAUUUGAAGCUGUUGCCGUGUUGAUUCUAGCAAUUAUGGGAAUAAUACCAAGUUGGCUAGCAGAUAUCAAUAUACUCAUUUUUUUACUAGCCAUUGGUGGCUUUGGUAAAUUUGGCAAAGGUUUGUUGAAAACUGCAGUCUUUUACAUGCAAAUUAUUGAUGCUCUUGUGGCUUCGACUCAUAUUUGGCCAACAGCUGUUUAUUUCUUUUCAGACUUCAUAAGCAGUCUUGUAAACCUACGAUUCUCUGUGCUAGGCUGUCGACUUCCCAAAAUAUUUACACCUCAAGGCAAACUUUUUCUUCUAAUGUUGCUGCCACUCUGUUUAUGCAUGGUUCUAGCAACAGCAUCUUUUCUUUUUCGCAUGACGGCUCGACAUAAGUUGCCUGAUACGUACGAAAAGUUCAAAUACAAGUGCGCCCAUUUGUCGAUUCUUUUCUUGAACUUAUCCUACUUUCCUUUAGUAAAAGCCACCUUUUCAGUUUUGGUUCCUUGCAAACAAGUUGAAGGUAUUUCGUACAUGCCAAACUACGUUUGGAUCGACUGCAACAGCAGUGAAUACAAGCUGCUAUACUUCGUAGCGCUGUUUUGUAUUGUCUUGUAUGUGAUAGGAGUUCCUGUGCUGUUCCUUUCCUUGCUUCGAUGGCAGAGAGAGCACAUAGUUGAAGGGCACCUGACUACAUCGAAAUGGCUAGGCUCACUGUAUAUUCCAUAUAAACCUAACUAUCGUGUGCUCAUGGAGUUUUUCUUGAUGCUGCGAAGAACGUUUCUUGCUUUUCUCAUAACGUUCAUUGAUGAAAACGUCACAGUCAAAACAACAUUGGUAUCUGCGGUAUUUUUUAUAUCUUUGAUACUGGAGACACAUGCAAAGCCGUUUCGUACAGCUGACGGUAACGAUGGCUGCUGGGGUUUUGGGAUGGAAAAUAUCAUCGAGAUAACAAUGUUGUCUGUGUUGCUUUUUUCGUUUAUAGCCGCGCAGACAUCGAUACAAACAAACAGUGAAGACCAAAACUUGCUCUGGAGCGUGAUUAUCAUCAACGCCAUUUUUUCCUUUGUUCUUAUUAUGUGUUUUUUGAAAAGAUUAGGCCAGAGAGAAGGAGGCUACGAGCAGAUAAACGAAGGAGAAAGAGCGAAUGAAGGAUUUAAUCAAGCCGAACAAGCUCAGGUUAUGCAUGAUUAACAACACUUCGUCGAAACAUGGUUAUUUUGUCAAGACAUUGACCUUAAAAGACUUCUAUUGACAGUCGCAAGGUAGUUAUUCUUGGGAUUUUGCUUUCUUAGAUAGUCAAUUUUUGAGUAAACCAUUUAGUUCCAUCUGAAAGACAAUCGAAAAUACUUACGUGGCUCAGGCAAACAUAAUAACACUCCGGAGGCAUUUGUCCAUAGUUGAUUGAUAAAUGACGUAAGCCAAUUUGAGGGUGUAGAAGGGGUUUUGACUAAGUGACCAACAGACUGUUUUACCAACCGACUAAUGACUAAUUAUGUGUAAAGCCGAAAACACACUCCAGAAAAUGAUCCGCGGAUCGGUCAGAUUUUGUGUUGCGCAAGCGCUUUGGAUGCAAAAAUAGUCACAUGACUGAUCUGCGACGGAUCUAGAAGUUGAAAUCAUUGCUAAACGUCCUGUGUCAGGCUGUUUUUUGUUGCAAUUUGCUUAAGAACUCAUAAGAAUUUUGCUUUUUUAAUAUGAAACUAUGAAACAAUGUUAAAACCAACAGUUUUUUACUAAAAAGAGAUUUUGACUAACUGGGGCCAAAAAUCCUGACUAGUGACUAACCUUUAUCACCUGACUAGCAGUAUCCCCCCUUCUACACCCUCAAAUUUAGAUGAUAUGCCCGUAGCCAAAUUGUUUGACAAUGAAUUGUUUAUUUGGAAACAGCAUUGUACAGGGGCUUCAGUUGAAUAUUUCGAAAACUAACCUUGGCAAUAAAGUUCUCGAAUACACAGGGGGGAGGGGGGGCAUACCAACAACUUGAAUCGUAGUAUAUGUUAGUAUGUUUAGCACCAAAUUAUCGCGUUCAAUUCCCACCUAAAAAUUCCACGAACAAAAUUUUUAGGCACAUCAUGAGAUCUGUACUCUUUUCAUUGUAAACAUGAAUUAGAACUGUUUAUUGAACAGUUAUUAAUGAUAGGGUUCGUCAAAACGUUGCCUAAGAGCAAAAUGUGCUUUUUAGAAAUUCAGCAAAAUGCAUUGUCCACUAAAAGGUAUAUGGUUCCUGUUGAUCAUCUCGUGAUGGGCUUGAAAAAAACUAGCUUUUUAAGACA